GAGGAAACGACUUUACGGUCGGUGGGUUUGCAGUGUUCCUUUUUUGCCUUUAUAUGAGGGUCAUCUCUCCUUUUAUCUUCACACAUUAAUCCCACAAAAUUUUCUCUCGUCAUCUUUUCUGCAAUCAAUUUUCCCAAAAUAUUGCCGCUGCGUAUCUGAUCUGAGUUGGUUUCGCUCAUCAAAUUCCGUAACAAAUUUUCAUGUCUGAUUUUGAAGUCGAAAUCCCUAGUGCCUUCGAUCCUUUUGCCGAUGCAAAAGCUGAAGACUCGGGUGCAGGGUCUAAAGAGUAUGUGCAUAUUCGCAUACAACAAAGAAAUGGUAGGAAAAGCCUGACUACUGUGCAGGGUUUGAAGAAGGAAUUUAGCUAUAAUAAAAUCCUCAAGGACCUGAAGAAAGAAUUUUGCUGCAAUGGCACUGUUGUUCAGGACCCUGAGCUAGGCCAGGUUAUUCAACUCCAAGGUGACCAGAGGAAGAAUGUAUCAACAUUCCUUGUUCAAUUAGAAAAUGGUUAUCUAGUGGGCACAGAGAUGCUCUUUUAG